AUGUCGUCUACGCCAUCGACUCGUGCUCCCUCACACGAGAUCAUCGACGAGGAAAAGGCCGACUAUGCAUCGGCACCUCCGCCUCUCAAGCAAGGCGACGUCGCCGCUGCAGCUCUUGUACCAGCAAAGAGCCGCGGCGUACGACAGAUGGAGGCGCUUAGCAACCGCAUGUCGCUCACGUAUCGCGUCCUGCUGUACGGUGGCUUCGCGCUCCUCGCAUACGUGAUGUCGCUCGACCAGUACACAAAUCGCUCGUACCUCAGCGCCGCUACGUCUGUUUCCUUCGCCGCGCACUCGACCUUGACGACUAUUUCGGCGCUCAAGUCCGUCUUCCAGGCCGUCUCGCAACCUCCUAUUGCCAAGAUCGCCGACGUCGCAGGCCGCAUCGAGUGCUACGCGCUCUGCGUCUUCCUUUACGCACUCGGCUACAUCGUCGUCGCUUCGGCACAAAACAUCUACGCCUACGCCGCCGGCACCUCGAUCAACGUCCUCGGCAUCACCGGCCUCUUCCUCCUCCAGAACAUCAUCAUCGCCGACAUCUCGUCUCUCCGAAACCGCCUCUUCUGGUCCAUCUUUCCGUCAAUUCCCGGGACUAUCAACGUCUGGGUCAGCGGCAACAUUGCGCAGUCGCUGCUUGGCAGAGCAAACCAGGACGCAAGCAUGUGGCGAUGGGGCAUCGGCAUGUUCUGCAUCCUGACCCCCGCGCUUGCGGUGCCCGUCAUGCUCACGCUCGGCAUCGGCAUGCGCAAGUCGAAGAAAGCCGUCGAGCCCGUGCCGGUCUCGGACGGCGCACCGAACCGCUCGUUCUGGCAGAAGACCGUCUCAGUUUUCUGGUCGCUCGACAUCGUCGGUCUUCUCCUCCUCGUUGGCGGCUUCGGCAUGCUCCUUACGAUCAUCACCAUUGCAAACGGAAAAGGCUCGCACUGGAGCGACGCCCACUCGAUUGCGCUCCUCACCGUCGGCGGAAUCCUCGUCGUUGGCUUCGUCCUCUGGGAACGCUUUGGUGCCCGACACCCGCUCAUCCCCUUCACUCUCCUCACCAACCGCACCGUCAUCGUCUGCUUCUUCCUCGCCGUCAUCCACCCUGCCGCAGGCGGAGUCAUCGGAUCCUACUUCUACACCUACCUCCUCGUCGCCGGCGACCAGACCACCCUCUCCGCGACGCGCAUUACCUCGAUCGCCUCCUUCACCGGCACGCUCACCGCAGCCGUGAUGGGCAUCGUCGUCCGCUACGUCCGCGUCCUCAAGCCCAUCAUCAUCCUCGGCUUCUGCAUCGAGGUCCUCGCUUUCGGCCUCAUGAUUCGCUACCGCGACGCGGGUGCGUCGAAGGGCGACUUGGCGGUCGUCCAGCUCGUUCGUGGGUUCGGCGUCGGGUGCAUCGGUUUCCCUGUGCAGGCGGCGAUCCAGUCUGUCUCGAAGCACGAGCACCUCGGCGCCAUCACCGCUGGCUAUCUCACCGUUUACUACCUCGCUGGCGGCGUCGGCAGCGCGAUCGGUGGCGGCAUCUGGUCGAACUCGGUCCCCGGCAAGAUGCAGUCCUACAUCUCGAACUCGACCCUCGCCGCACAGGCCUACGCCAACCCGAUCGGCCUCAUCGCCAAGUAUCCUCCCGGCACGCCCGUGCGCGAAGCCAUGUCGCGUGCGCAUGGCGAGACGCAGCGCAUUCUGUCGAUUACGGGAACGGCGUUGGCGGCUGUUGGGCUGAUUGUGGCGUUCGGGCUCGAGUGGGUCAGGCUGACGGACGACGUUACGCUUGACAAAGUCGAGAAGGCGGGGGAUGGCAAGGUUAGCGAGGCGGUCAAGUGA